UCCAAAUGUCUUUUCCGUCUCUUUCACCACCUCACCUUCAAACAAUCACAUCACACCUCUACUGACAACCAUCAUUGUCCUUCUUGUUCCUUUGCCUUUCGUUUUACUUUCAGAUAGACUUGGAGAGGCGUUUGUGUGUCUCUCUUCUAUCUGCGGACACGAAAGCUUUUUAAGCAACAGCAAUUCCAUCUUCCCACACCGAUUAGACGCUAUCCUUCAUCUCACAAAUUCAGCGUCUGGCUAAUUUUUUCCCUGUCCUUCCUCGUAAACAGUUUACAACAGCCGCAAAAUUCGUUCACCUCCAUCAAUUUCAACUUGCAACAUCAUCACUUUCUCAAAAUCCAAGAUGGCCGACUCGUUGAAUAUGAACGGUCUCACUCUAAAUGAGUCGAAACACGCUCCGGCUGGCCCCAUGGGUGCCGGUGGCCGUACCUACAUCCCCCCUCAUCUACGUGGCCAGUCUACCCGUGGUCCUCCAAUGAUGAACAUGGAUGGUGCUGGUCCUGGUCCUGCACCAGCAGCCGCAGGUCCGGGCUUGAACGGCAGUGCAUGGGCAAAUAACAACAACGCCACUGGUGGCGGAUGGGCCAACGCUCAAGACUUCAAGCCUGCGCCUUCGGCCAACGGUUGGGCAGGACAAGGUGCUCGUCCUUUCAACCCCAAUGCCUAUGGUGCUCCUGGAGGCGGCCACGGCGGCGGUCACGGUGGCGGCCACGGCGGCGGCUCUGCUCGUGGUUCAGGAGAUGGUCAAUGGCGAGAUGGUCAACACAUCCCAGGCCCUGCCAACCCAAAGGUCGAACGUGAAUUGUUCGGUCUCCCGAACGACCCGACCAAGGCGCAUACUGGUAUCAACUUCGCAAACUACGACGACAUUCCUGUCGAAGCCAGUGGUCACGACGUUCCAGAACCUGUCAACACUUUCACCAACCCUCCUCUUGAUGAUCACCUGAUCAGCAACAUCAAGCUUGCGUCCUACGCGACUCCUACACCGGUCCAGAAGUACUCGAUUCCCAUCGUCAUGGGCGGACGAGAUCUCAUGGCUUGUGCUCAGACUGGUUCUGGCAAGACGGGUGGUUUCUUGUUCCCCAUCCUCUCCCAAGCCUUCCAAACCGGUCCUUCACACGCCCCCGCCACCGGAGGCGGUUUCCGCCAGAGAAAGGCAUUUCCUACAUCUCUGAUUCUUGCUCCCACUCGUGAGCUUGUUUCCCAAAUCUACGAUGAAGCACGAAAGUUCUCCUACCGUUCCUGGGUCAGACCAUGCGUUGUCUACGGCGGUGCUGACAUUGGCACUCAACUACGAUCUAUCGAGCGCGGCUGUGACCUGUUGGUCGCUACUCCUGGUCGUUUGGUCGAUCUCAUAGAGCGAGGUCGUAUCUCCCUGGCCAACAUCAAGUAUCUGGUUCUCGACGAGGCCGAUCGUAUGCUGGACAUGGGUUUCGAGCCUCAGAUCCGCCGCAUCGUCGAGGGCGAGGACAUGCCCACUGUCCAGAACCGCCAGACUCUCAUGUUCUCGGCCACUUUCCCACGAGACAUUCAACUGCUGGCACGCGAUUUCCUGAAGGACUAUGUGUUCUUGUCCGUGGGUCGUGUUGGUUCCACCUCGGAAAACAUCACUCAAAAAGUCGAGUAUGUUGAGGACAACGACAAGCGCUCUGUCUUGCUCGACAUCCUGCACACUCAUGCUGGCGGCCUGACCUUGAUCUUCGUCGAGACCAAGCGCAUGGCUGACACGUUGUCUGACUUCUUGAUCAACCAAGGCUUCCCAGCAACUGCUAUCCACGGUGACCGCACUCAGCGUGAGCGUGAGCGUGCGCUGGAAUUCUUCCGCAACGGUCGCUGCCCCAUCAUGGUGGCCACGGCUGUUGCUGCUCGUGGUUUGGAUAUCCCCCACGUCAUGCACGUUGUCAACUACGAUCUUCCUACUGACAUUGACGACUACGUUCACCGCAUUGGUCGUACUGGUCGUGCUGGAAACACCGGUUUGGCAACCGCUUUCUUCAACCGGGGCAACCGUGGCAUUGUCCGUGAGCUCAUUGAACUUCUCAAGGAAGCCCACCAGGAAAUUCCCAGCUUCUUGGAAAACAUCGCUCGCGAGAGCUCUGGCUUUGGCGGCGGUCGUGGUCGUGGUCGUGGCGGCGGUGGUCGUGGAGGCUCUGCGACUCGGGACAUGCGUCGCGUGGGCGGCGGUAUGGGCGGUGCUCCUUCAUAUGGCGGUGGCUUUGGCGGCUCUGGUGGCUAUGGUGGCGGCGGCGGCGGCGGCGGUGGUAGCAACUACGGUGGGGCUCCCUCAUGGGGCGGUUCCGGUGGCGGGGCAUAUGGCGGCGGAUACGGUGGCAGCGGCGGCGGCGGCUCUUAUGGCAACCCAGGUGGUGCCAACGGUCCAUCUUCUUGGUGGUAAACGGUUCAGGGCGUUCAGUCAUUCUCGAACGGUUUACGGCACCAGUUUUCAGCAUGAUUGUUUUCUUUCUUUUCACUUUCUUCGACAUUUGCGCUCUCGGAAGAGUGACCGGGUGGUUGAAGAGCAAACGGCAGGCAGUCCUGCAGCAAGCUUGCUCUUUUGAUGACGACCCAGAGCAUUUUUCCCGAGACGAGUUUUUAUCGGGCACAGCAUGAUACAUGAUAGAUAGCGUUGGCUUUUCCGAUUGAUUUCAGAUACCCCCAGCAUGUCGAACUUCCUCGUGUCAACAGAGGACAGACGAUGUGUGCAUGAACGACAGACACCACGGCGUCGGUUUGCAACGAAAGAGAGUGGGCGAGCGCAUCAGCUCCUCAACACGGCAUGGAAGACAGACUCUUGUGAAGCCUCCUUUUCAAAAGAAAGGCUGCACGACCGGACACGGCCUUAUGACGAGAUUCUUUUUUUCAGCCUUUAACAAAAGUUAUCUGCGGGUUCUCUCUCUUUCGAACCUAUGGGACAUGAUCAAAAUAGAACUUUAUCGACACGAACAAUCGCGAGCUUGGGAGGCUGGCGGGAAUGGGAAGGGGGAAUGAUCUGAUUUGCAAGACAAAAAUAAGGAAGAUAAUUGCACAUCUGCAUCUCCCAGGCGUUUUAUUCCGCACGGCUUCCAUGGAGCUCUCUUGCACACACACAACAAGACUUAUUACGAGGAAAAGUCUACGCUGGCUGCAUUAGAUCAGGCUUGCCAGGCCACACAGUUAGCAAUAGAAAAAGUUUUUGAUUUGAA